CACAGGGGCUUCCAAGCCUGCUGCAACUUUGCUUAACGCAGACUGCCGGGGAAAGAGAGAGCCUUGAAUGUGACCCCAGCCCUGUAUGGUCGUGACUCUCUUGCAGACUCCGGGUCCUGCGGCGCUCCCCAAAGUGCCUGUGGAUGCCUACAAGACCAGGGCGCCCGCGUACACGAUGGCAGCCCGACCAAAAGCUGGAGAGGGCAAAGCAGCGAAGCCCGGGCCGGCAGACUACAGCGUAGGCCGGGUGACGCUGAUCAAGCCCCAGGCGCCUGCAUCCACGUUUGGAAUCCGGCAUUCCCUCUACACAACCCCUCUCAUCGUGGAGUGAAA